UAAAAAAAAAAAAAAAAAAGAUUCAUAACUUAUUAAAUGGUUCAGAUAUUCCUGUUUCUUUGCCCAAAUUCUAUGGCUCAAGCUUUUUUCUUGUAAUCUAAAGCAACAGAAAGUCAUAGUAAGAUAUAUACAGCACUGUGAAAGCCUGUUUGCCCUCUUACACACUACUUAGGUUUUUGCAUAUUUAUCACACUUAAUGUUUCAGAUCAUCAAACUAAUUUUAAUAUUAGACAAAGAUAAUCCAACUAAAUAUAAAAUGCUGUUUUCAAUUAAUUACUUUAUAUGUUGAGGGGGGGGGGGAAGCUAUCCAAACCUCUCUGGCCACAUAUAAAAAGGACUGUAAGUAUAACGUAUGUAACAUGAUGUGAGUAACAGUAAAUUUUGUUAGCUGUAGUAGUUUGGACUUUAUCGUGUGGCGCUCAUAAUGUUAUAAAUGUCAGUGCUAUGAAAAUCCUUCACAUCUUUGCUUCCACAUGCGCAUCAUGUUCAGUUUAACAACUUUAUUCUGGGAGGUUUCAGUUCCCACAAACAUUUUUUGCCUAUUAUGUUACUUCACAAAAAAAUUGCUGAUAGCUCAUUGAGAUAUGAUUUAUUUAAAAUAAUAGAUAUUACUAUACGAAAUUCUUAUAAUUAAUUCAUUCUUUUUGGCACAGACUCAACAAGGUGCUGGAAACAUUCAAGAUUUUUGACCAUAGUGAUAUGACAGCAUUACAAAGGUCAUUUGAGUAUGGGGACACGAGUGUCAUGUUCAAGAAACCAGUUUGAUAUGAUUUAAGCUUUGUGACAUGGUGCAUUAACGUGCUUGAAUCAGCCACCAGGAGAUGGUGCACUGUGGUCAUAAAGGGAUGAUCAUAAUCAGUAACCGUACUCUGGUAGGCUGUGCCAUUUAAAUAAUUCCCAGUUGGAGCAAAGGGGUACAAAGUGAAUUAAUAAUAAUUGGAGCGCUAUGUUUAAUUGUCUUAAAAUGUAUAGCAGCUUUUGGGUGUCUUUGCAGGCCUCCUCGCCUUGCAGCAGCACAUUCUUGCAGACUUGUUCUAGAGCUGGGCGGCAGAGAGACUUGAAGCGAGAGCGCUGUCGGGUACAGUAGGCGCACAGCAUCGACGCAGCGCUGCUCCUUUGUUGUGAUUGGAGUAUUGAGCAGCUGUGUUGCAGACCCCUUCUUCCCCCACAGUUCCGGGUCAUGCCACGUGACUUGCCCGCCCCCACAUGUCCCUCCCAAGUAAACAAUUCAGCAUCAUUUCAUUAUGUCUGUGAACAAUCCCUGAUUCUUAUCAUCGGUGGGAAAAAAGCCUGAGCUCGACAACAGAUGCCUGUCACACAGCUAAAACCUCCCAGCAUAGUCCGCAUUUUAUCAAUGUGAAAUGGCGAAUGGAGAUGAGAUGGGUUUUUGGAUUCGGAUAAAUUAUGGAGCUAAAUAUAAAUGCUAGCUGCAGUGUGUAUUUUAAAAUGGUCGAGCAAAACGUGUCCACUUGACCUUGGAAUCAAAUGAGGUUUUAUUGAAGAGGAGCCGUUUCCACCACGGCUCUAUUUAACCUUUGACUGAAUUGAUACAGCACGGCGUUAAGUUUUUAUCGCCCAGGAAAUGGUUACAUAGGCAUAUUUAUAAAUAGACUCGCGUUUUUCAUCCCAUAUUGCAUUAAUAAGAGGCCGAUAGCCAUUUUUGUGAAUGGGGGAGAGAGAGAGGGAGGGGAGGGGGGGUCUGGUCAUCUUGCGGUGCCUAACUGGCGUAAAUACAAACAAAUCAAAAGGGAUAAAGUGUCAGAUAUCGCUCAUGGAGUGCAUAUAAUGGUGGAUAAAUGUCAACAGGAUGGCCUUUUACUCCAAAAUAUGCCUAUGUGGCUGUCAGUCUGACCCCCCCUCCGCAGAUGGUACAGUCUUGGUUCAUUCAUAAAAUUCUAGCAGAGCAUAAAAGGAGGGGCUUGCAUUCUAGUCGUCCAGUUACCAGGUAGACUAUACCUGGAGAAAAGACCCGAGCUGCUCUUCCCCAGCGGAAGGCCACAGUCAUAUUUGUCAUUAAUCAGGACUCGUGUGUGUGCGUGUGUGUGAUUUUGCUUUUCUUUCUUUUUUUUCUUUUCUUUUUUUUUCUCCUCGUGAUGUAUCAAAACAACCUGACGCCUGACAUGGAUUCAGUCUCCCCCACCUGCCGGGCAGAGUCUCCUGUCGGGACACUCUGCCAGAAGACGCCAGAGGAGGCGAGCUCUCCAGCGUCCUCCACAGAGAGCAAUGCAAAGGAGGUCUGCCAAGACAUGAGCACUGAAGACACUCCAUUUGUUCCAACGGUUACAGCAAUUUCCUCUACCCCAGAUUUCCAGUGGAUGGUCCAGCCUACGAUUAUUACAUCUGUCUCCCCGUCUCUGGGUAGCAAGCAAGCCAAUGAACCGCGAAGCUCUCACCAGGCAACACCCAAAGCGGGCGGGAGUAAGGGAAAAAAUGCUGCCAGAAAGGGGAAAACAGAGCAGCUGUCUCCUGAGGAGGAGGAGAAGAAGAGGAUAAGAAGGGAGAGGAAUAAAAUGGCUGCAGCAAAGUGUCGCAACAGAAGGAGGGAGCUCACAGAUACGCUGCAAGCUGAGACAGACAAGCUGGAGGAGGAAAAGGCUGCCCUGGAGACCGAAAUAGCCAACCUAAUCAAAGAGAAAGAACGGCUCGAAUUUAUUCUUGCUACACAUAAGCCGGUGUGCCAGGUGUCAGAAGAGCUUGAAUCCAUUUUCCAAGAGUCCACAGGGUCUCCAGGCCUACCGCCCAGUCCAGACGAGGACAGGCUUCCAGAGGAUGGCACGCAAGAAGCUCCAUCACUCCAAGACAUGGACGACCCCAGCGAUCCGUCCACAGCCAUCUCUGGGAACUCGAAUAUUUUGCUGUGUGCAAGUGCUGAAAUCAACAUCUGUGAUCUCGAGCCCUCCCUGGACCUUAAGGAGGGGCUACUGGACAAUAUUUUACCCACGCUGGAGGAGAAGACUCCCAUGGAGACAGCUCGAUCCGUGCCAGACAUAGAUCUGAGUAGCUCUCUCGGGGUCUCGGACUGGGAGACUCUGUAUAAGUCGGUUUCCAGCGACCUGGAGCCUCUCAGCACUCCCGUGGUCACCUCCACCCCUACCUGCAGCAGCUACCUGUCUGUGUUCACAUUUGCGUGCCCUGAGCUGGACUCUCUCACAGAGGGACUAGACAGCCACAAAGGUGGAGGAAGCAAGGGCGAUUCUGUCGACAUCCUCAACUCUCCGACUCUCCUAGCCUUAUAAAAUGCAAAGAGGCGCUGAUCUGUUUGAUCUCUUUCUGGUCUCUCUGUUUGCAGGUUCCCGACGUUGAAAUGAUAUGAACAGCGUAUGCUGUAAUGCUUCAAGGAACACAUUCAUGAAAAGUCUUGUACAUGACUAAGCAAACAUAUAAACUCUCUUCAGAUACAUAGUCAACAGAGUGAUGUAGCUAAAAGCAUGGCUUUUAAUUUAACCGAAAGGACUGAAGUAAGUUUUGAUUUUAAACGCAUGCUGAAAAAUUCCAAAUAAUUUUCAAAGCUCAUCUCUGAUCUGUUACUAGAUCUAAGCUGUAACGUGGAAUUUAAUGUAACAGUAUGGUUUUGUGUUUUUUGGUGUCAGUAGUGUACUGAUUGAUGUAAAUGUCUUUACAUAUCCAUCUAAGUACCUGCGUACCUCAUCAAGUGUGGUUUGACCUCAUUGUUAAAAUGUUGAAAGUUUUCCAUGAAAACAUUCAGUGCUAUAUACUAUUAUAUAUAUAGAUAUAUAUAUCUUAUCAAGAUGUAACUUAUGAUUUAUUUUUUUACCUUUCAGACUUGGACUUAUUUGUUUAAAUUAAAAAAAACAAACAAGUAAAAUGGGCAUAUAUUGCUUAACUAUGCUGCUGAAUAACUACAAUAAAUCUGCGUUCACAGUG